AUGUUCUUCCUGUGAGAUUGGCCCGCUGAGUCACUGGCCGCUUCCUCAUUCGCCCGUAAGUAUAACACCGGACCUUUUCCUCAGCGCGCACGCAAACAAACGUGGUUGACCCUUCUCUCCGGGGCCUCACAUAUUAGACAGCGCACUCCGAGGGGCACCACGCCAAUUAUCCCAUUCUCCGCGUGUACCAUUUCGUAAUUGCAACGUUCAUUGCGCUCUAGGGCUUUCGAGGAAAACGGUGAGUAGUACGGGCUUACAAUAUUUUGUCCUCGUAGUGUCUCGCGUAUCGUGGGCCCCGACUCAAAUGAAUUCUGGAUUGUUAUAGCAUAUUUCAAAAAUUUCUAUAUUAGAGGCGAUUCAUUGAUUCCUUGUGCUUGCGUUAGUCUUUUUCAUGCUUUCCGAUUUAAUUUUUCGGUUAGAGAAACGAGAACAUCAGCUGAACGUCUCUAUGCGUCUCUGGCCGCAUGACACACUAAGGGCGGAGUCUUGUCGUGCGUGCGUGCGCGUGUUGGGCGUGCUAUCGAUUGGCGGAGGAGGACAGCCCGCAGUGAAACGCCUCACUCGCCCAGAACGCUCCGCUCGCGUGCCACUCCUGCCUUUCGCAGCGCUUUUAUGUCGUUUAGGUCGUUCAUCACUCUGAGAGCAUAUUCUUUUUUAAAUCUUGCCUAGAAAUUAAAUUGUCUUGUUCAUGCCUUAGGAUAUUCCCCACCUCUCGGUUAAGUAUUUGCACUGCGUUCUCAUGUGACGUAUAUCGAUUUUCGAAAUAUUUCGCAAUCUUCUAGAAUGUUCCAGCGUUCUCUCAAUUCGCAUAUAAAGUCGCUCUCCAUUUCCGAACUCAUUCAUAUUGCUUCUAUUUCAGCAAGCAUGCAAAUCUUCGUCAAAACUUUGACCGGAAAGACCAUCACUCUGGAGGUCGAGGCUUCGGACACCAUCGAAAAUGUCAAAGCCAAGAUCCAGGAUAAGGAGGGAAUUCCGCCAGACCAGCAACGUCUCAUCUUCGCCGGAAAGCAGCUCGAGGACGGACGUACCCUUUCGGACUACAAUAUCCAGAAGGAGUCCACCCUUCACCUCGUGCUCCGUCUCAGAGGAGGAAUGCAAAUCUUCGUCAAGACCCUCACUGGAAAGACCAUCACUCUCGAAGUCGAAGCCUCCGAUACUAUUGAGAACGUGAAGGCCAAGAUCCAGGACAAGGAAGGAAUCCCACCAGAUCAGCAGAGACUUAUCUUCGCCGGAAAGCAGCUCGAGGACGGACGUACCCUCUCCGAUUACAACAUUCAGAAGGAGUCUACCCUUCACCUCGUUCUCCGCCUCAGAGGAGGAAUGCAGAUCUUCGUCAAGACUCUGACCGGAAAGACCAUCACUCUGGAGGUCGAGGCUUCGGACACCAUCGAGAACGUGAAGGCCAAGAUCCAGGACAAAGAAGGAAUUCCACCAGAUCAGCAGCGCUUGAUCUUUGCUGGUGUGUUGCAAUUAUAUCGAAUGAUUAUUAGUAUUGAAUUUCUCUUUUUCAGGAAAGCAACUCGAGGAUGGCCGUACGCUCUCCGACUACAACAUCCAGAAAGAGUCCACCCUUCAUCUGGUUCUCCGUCUUCGCGGAGGAAUGCAGAUCUUUGUCAAGACUCUGACCGGAAAGACGAUCACUCUCGAAGUCGAAGCCUCCGACACCAUCGAGAACGUGAAGGCCAAGAUCCAGGACAAGGAAGGAAUCCCGCCAGAUCAGCAGAGACUCAUCUUCGCCGGAAAGCAACUCGAGGACGGCCGCACGCUCUCGGACUACAACAUUCAGAAGGAGUCGACUCUCCAUCUUGUCCUUCGCCUUCGCGGAGGAAUGCAGAUCUUCGUGAAGACUCUGACCGGAAAGACCAUCACUCUGGAGGUCGAGGCUUCGGACACCAUCGAGAACGUGAAGGCCAAGAUCCAGGACAAGGAAGGAAUUCCGCCAGAUCAGCAGAGACUUAUCUUCGCCGGAAAGCAACUCGAGGACGGCCGCACGCUCUCGGACUACAACAUCCAGAAGGAGUCCACUCUCCAUCUUGUCCUUCGUCUUCGCGGAGGAAUGCAGAUCUUCGUCAAGACCCUCACCGGAAAGACUAUCACCCUCGAGGUCGAGGCUUCGGACACCAUCGAGAACGUGAAGGCCAAGAUCCAGGACAAGGAGGGAAUCCCGCCAGAUCAGCAGCGCUUGAUCUUUGCCGGAAAGCAACUUGAAGAUGGACGCACGUUGUCCGAUUACAACAUCCAGAAAGAGUCUACCCUUCACCUCGUUCUCCGUCUGAGAGGAGGAAUGCAGAUUUUCGUCAAGACCCUCACUGGGAAGACCAUCACUCUGGAGGUCGAGGCUUCGGACACCAUCGAGAACGUGAAGGCCAAGAUCCAGGACAAAGAAGGAAUCCCACCAGAUCAGCAGCGCUUGAUCUUUGCUGGUGUGUUAUAGAGACUAUGAUGAGAAUGUCGUUACUAAAAUUUACUUUUCAGGCAAGCAGCUCGAAGAUGGACGUACUCUGUCUGACUACAACAUUCAGAAGGAGUCUACCCUUCACCUCGUGCUCCGUCUUCGCGGAGGAAUGCAGAUCUUCGUCAAGACUCUUACCGGAAAGACGAUCACUCUCGAAGUCGAAGCCUCCGACACCAUCGAAAAUGUCAAGGCUAAGAUCCAGGACAAGGAAGGAAUUCCGCCAGAUCAGCAGAGACUCAUCUUCGCUGGAAAGCAGCUCGAGGAUGGCCGCACGCUCUCGGACUACAACAUUCAGAAGGAGUCUACCCUUCACCUCGUGCUCCGUCUUCGCGGAGGAAUGCAGAUCUUCGUCAAGACCCUCACCGGAAAGACUAUCACCCUCGAGGUCGAGGCUUCGGACACCAUUGAGAACGUGAAGGCUAAGAUCCAGGACAAAGAAGGAAUCCCACCAGAUCAGCAGCGCUUGAUCUUUGCUGGUAUGUUGCAAUUUUAUCGAAUGAUUAUUAGUAUUGAAUUUAUCGUUUUCAGGAAAGCAACUCGAGGAUGGCCGUACGCUCUCCGACUACAACAUCCAGAAAGAGUCCACCCUUCAUCUGGUUCUCCGUCUUCGCGGAGGAAUGCAGAUCUUUGUCAAGACUCUGACCGGAAAGACCAUCACUCUCGAAGUCGAGGCCUCCGAUACUAUUGAGAAUGUGAAGGCCAAGAUCCAGGACAAAGAGGGAAUCCCACCAGAUCAGCAGAGACUGAUCUUCGCCGGAAAGCAGCUCGAGGACGGCCGCACUCUGUCGGACUACAACAUCCAGAAGGAGUCCACUCUGCAUCUCGUUCUCCGUCUUCGUGGAGGAGACAUGUAA